AUGAUGGCGCCUGUUCGGAAAAGUGGUUGCAGCCGGUGCGCACCAAUUUCCGCCACCUGCUGGUUUCUGCUACUGACGUGUAUAUCCAUCGUUGUUGCCGUGUCCGUCAGUGCGGAAAAUCACUGCAGUGAGCAUCGGUACGAACAUUCGCUCAACACCCACCAUCUACAGUUCACGAAGGAGAUUCCCGACCGGGAGUACGGUGUGCUGAAGCAGUUUAAAAGCUUGCACUGUUGCGGCAAAGGCUAUCGGAGCAUCGAAUGGUUCAAAAACAACAAGCCACACCCAUGGAGCAAAGACGUGUCAUCCUUCAUCGUGUACCCGGAGGCGGCCAACCAAACGAUCUACAGUCCCCGGCUAGAGGAGAACGAUAUCGGCAACUAUAGCUGCAUAUUGCGAAACGAAACGCACGCAAUCAAACACGAAAUCGAACUGCGGUUACAGGAUAAAUUGGACAAUCCGAUGCCUACCUUCCGGCCGAAGGAUCUGGUGGUGAGCGUAGGCGAAAGUGCCCGGUUCUACUGUGAGGCGUUCGUCGGCAACCUUUACCUACCGGACGCGACCAACGAGAUCGUUUGGAACCAAAUGUUUGAUGACCAUCCGCACAACGUUACCGACAGCAUGCAGGUGAACGUGACGAGGGAGGAAGGACAAAUCAUUGGUUCGUACCUAUCGAUACCGAACAUUCAGACGCACCAUUACGGGCGCUACCGGUGCCAGAUUGUGUCGGGUAAUUCGGCGCAAAAGCUCAAUUUAAGCGUACUGCUCUCGCCGGUCGAAGUGACCGCAAUCACCGACACGCAGCUAUCGGUGCUGGUCUACGUUAUGGCAACGCUGCUCCUGGUGCUGGUCGUACUGUUUGCGUGGAUCUGCCGGACGGUACAGCAACGCACCAGCAACAAAAAGGAUAACCGCUGUUCGGCCCAGUUUAUCGCGAACAAUGAGCACGAGAACGUGUAAAGC